CGGCCCGGCGCUCAGGGCCCGGCGGGGUAAGCUGUCGGGCCCUCGCAGUCGGUGAGCCUUCCUGUCCGUCCCGAGUCUGUCUGUCCUGGCUGGCCUAGCCGCUUCCGCCCCUUUACCGUGGAUGCCAUCCCCUUCCCCAGGCCCGCCGUGCGGGGCAGGCCCGCGAGCCUGGAGCCCGUGGCUGACACAGUGUGACCUUGGGACUUGGCCAUGAACUCUGGAGGAAGGAGGCAGGAAGCAGCAGGCCCAGGGGUAGAAGGGCUCACAGACCCCGGGAACAGGACCGAGAUGUACAACUGUCCAAGGCUCUGUCCUAUGCCCUGCGCCACGGGGCCCUGAAGCUGGGGCUUCCCAUGGGGGCCGAUGGUUUUGUGCCUCUGGGCGCCCUCCUGCAGCUGCCUCAGUUCCGCAGCUUCUCAGCUGAGGAUGUGCAGCGCGUGGUGGACACCAACGAGAAGCAGCGGUUCACCCUGCAGCCGGGGGACCCCAGCACGGGCCCUCUCAUCCGGGCCAAUCAGGGUCACUCCUUGCAGGUACCUGCGUUGGAGCUGAUCCCCCUGGAGACCCCGCAGGCCCUGCCUCUGAUGCUCGUCCACGGCACAUUCUGGCGGCACUGGCCAUCCAUCCUGCUCAAGGGCCUGUCCCGCCAGGGAAGGACACACAUCCACCUGGCCCCGGGACUGCCUGGGGACCCUGGCGUCAUCAGUGGCAUGAGGCCCAACUGUGAAGUGGCUGUGUUCAUCAACGGGCCCCAGGCCCUGGCAGAUGGAAUCCCCUUCUUCCGCUCUGCCAAUGGGGUGAUCCUGACUCCAGGGAACACUGAUGGCGUCUUGCUUCCCAAAUACUUCAAGGAGGCCCUGCAGCUGCGCCCUACCCGAAAGCCCCUCUCCUUGGCUGGUAAUGGAGAGACAGAGUGUCAGCAUGGCCCCAAGCACAGCUCCAGAGGAAGAAGGACAACCCCACAAUAAAAAAAGAUUCUUUUUGGCCAUGCCCAUGGCAUGCGGAAGUUCCUGGGCCAGGGCUCGAACCCCACCACAGCAGUGACCCAAGCCACAGCUGUGACAAUGCCAGAUCCUAUCCCCUCGGCCAACAGGGAACUCCUCAAAUAUUUAUUUUUUAAAAAUGUAAAAAGACAACAAAAAGAAACUCCAGUUUGAAACUAUGAGUCAUUCUCCUGUAGCUGCAGCCAGCCUUCCUUGUGUGCUCAGGGACCACAGCCUGGUCAAGGGUGUUGGUCUUGGCCACUUGGACAAGGGAAGGGCGGGUGCUGUGCAAGCUCAGGGCCCACCCUCCCUAGCCUGGGGGCUGGCAGAGUCUGGCCCAGCCGGGUCCCGAUCUGCACAAGGCCAGUGACAGUGGGUGAAUGUGCCCAGCUCGGUGCAUGUCUGGAGAGGGCGUGGGUGGUGAGUCCCUAUGGGUGUGGGCUUAGUGGCAGGUGGUGAGCAGGGCAGGGGCAGUAUGACGGGCUUCAGAAGGCCUCGUGACCUCCUGUGAGCUGCAGGAAGAGGUCCUCGUCCAGCUCCUCCCCGCGGGCCCGCUCCCGCGUUGACAGAAAGAUGUAGCCUCCGAUGUACUCGUGCACGGUGCGGCAGCUGGCAGACACACAGCUGAAAGCCACGUUGAUGUGCUCGUCAAACUCGAUGGCCACCUGCAGGGCGGGUGAUCGGAGGGCUGGUGGGGGUGGGAUCAGGGAGCAGCCCCCACCCUGCCUGGCUGGGUCUGGCCCAGCCCUGUGUCCCUGCCCCCAUCCUCCUUCACUCCGGGCCCACCUGCCGGAUGUCCCA